AUGGCUGGAGAAGUUAUCGAUCAGCCGAAUCCUCCGCCUCUGCCUAGCCAAUUCCCGGCCUCAGUAGAAGAUUUGGUUGUAAAGCCGCAUAAGGCACCAUUAAACAGCCAUGACUUGUGCUCACUGAGAGAAUUCCAACGGGCUGCGUGCUAUAUUGCUAGUGCUAUGAUAUUUCUCAAAGACAACGUUCUCCUAGAACGAGAUCUCCGACUGGAAGAUGUGAAGCCAAGGCUUUUAGGGCAUUGGGGGACGUGUCCUGGGCUCGUGCUCAUCUGGUCGCAUUUGAACCUUCUCAUUCGCGAUAGUUCCGUGGACAUGCUAUUCGUUAUUGGGCCUGGUCAUGGAGCUCCUGCUGCAUUGGCUUGCCUAUGGCUGGAAGGCUCACUAGGACGAUUCUAUCCAGACAAAUACCAAACCGAUAAAGAGGGAUUGCAUAAUUUAAUUACCCAGUUCUCUGUCCCUGGAGGGUUCCCGAGUCAUAUUAAUCCGGAAACUCCAGGUUGCAUCCACGAGGGCGGUGAACUGGGAUAUGCACUAUCGGUGUCUUUUGGAGCAGUGAUGGAUAAUCCAGACCUAAUUGUUACAUGUGUUGUGGGCGAUGGUGAGGCUGAGACUGGCCCUACAGCAGCGGCAUGGCAUUCCAUUAAAUACUUGGACCCAUCGGAGUCUGGGGCGGUUAUACCCAUUCUUCAUGUCAACGGCUUCAAAAUUAGCGAACGGACCAUAUUUGGGUGCAUGGAUAACAAAGAGCUGGUCCUGCUAUUUUCUGGCUACGGCUACCAGGUGUGCAUUGUGGAAACCCUGGAUCUUAUAGAUAUCGAACUACACUCGGCACUAUUUUGGGCCCUGUCGGAGAUCAAAAAAAUCCAGAAUGCUGCGAGAGAAGGCAGCCCAAUUACCAAGCCUCGCUGGCCGAUGAUCAUCCUCCGGUCUCCAAAAGGAUGGACAGGACCUCGAACGGUUGAUAAUGAGAUUAUUGAAGGUUCAUUUCGUGCACAUCAGGUCCCAGUGACCAAAGCCAACAAGAGCGAAGAUCACCUUCAGAUCUUACAGGAUUGGUUGCAGAGUUACGAGGUGCAUCAAUUACUCGCAGAUGGGAAACCUUCCCAUGACGUCCUGGACAUUCUACCACCAGAAUUCGAGAAGAGACUGGGCCAGCUUAAGCUCGUGUACGAUUGCUAUCGAGGCCUUGAUUUGCCUGAUUGGAAGUUACAUGUGGCUGAGAAAUCUGAGCAAGCUAGCAGCAUGCAACAAUCGGGCAAGUUUCUCGACGACGUGGCUAGGAAAAAUAUGCAGACAUUUCGCAUCUUCUCACCCGAUGAGCUAGAGAGCAAUAAACUCAGCGCUGUUUUGGGUCACUCCGGACGAAACUUUCAAUGGGACCAGUAUGCUCGCGCGCAAGGCGGUCGUGUCAUCGAGAUAUUGUCAGAGCAUUGCUGUCAAGGAUUCCUUCAAGGAUACACUUUGACGGGAAGAACGGCCAUUUUCCCAAGCUACGAGUCGUUUCUUGGAAUUAUCCACACUAUGAUGAUCCAGUAUGCCAAGUUCUCCAAAAUAAGCCGUAAAUUGUCAUGGCGAGGCGACCUAAGCUCCAUCAACUACAUCGAAACCAGCACAUGGGCGCGGCAAGAACAUAACGGCUUUUCGCAUCAGAAUCCUUCGUUUAUUGGCGCUGUUUUGAACCUCAAAGCUGACACAGCAAGAGUCUAUUUACCACCUGAUGCGAAUUGCUUCCUCAGCACCUUGCACCACUGCCUCGGGUCUAAGAAUUAUGUUAACCUUAUGAUCGGGUCCAAACAACCAACGCCAGUUUACCUUUCCGCUGAGGACGCAAUGGAGCACUGCAAAAGGGGCAUCUCAAUAUGGAAGUUCGCAAGCACACAUAACGGCGAAGACCCAGAUGUAGUCCUUGUUGGAAUUGGAGUCGAAGUGACGUUUGAGGUCAUCAAAGCCGCAGGGCUUUUGGCAAAGCUUGUACCAAAGCUGCGUGUCCGGGUGAUCAACGUUACUGACCUUUUAGUCCUACCACAGGAAUCACAUCACCCACAUGCGCUCUCGCCAAAGGUAUUUGAAGAAUUAUUCACGGUAGACAAGCCCGUGUGUUUCAACUAUCAUAGCUACGCGACGGAGUUACAAGGGCUUCUCUUUGGGCGCCCAGCUUUGCAUCGCAUAACAGUUGAAGGCUACAAGGAGGAAGGUAGCACUACGACGCCUUUCGACAUGAUGCUUCUGAAUGGCGUAAGUCGUUUUCAUGUGGCUUCAAGAGCAUUAAACGCCUUAGCUCCGUGCAACGACGCCAUUCAGGGAAAGUUAUCUGGCUUGCUAUCAACCAUUGACGAAGAAAUGACAAGAGUACAAGAUUAUAUUAGAGAAUUUGGGAAAGAUCCGGAUAACAUCUACGAGCUGGAUAUUAUGCGGACUGAGGCUUAG